UUUAUUGAUUAUUCCCUGGAUAAAAUAAGACUUAUUAUUAUUUCAUAACCUAUUCUCAAGUGUCAAUCAACUUUACUGUUAAAAAAAAUUGUGUCAGUUGUGUAAAAUAACAAGAAGACAAAAAUUCAGUUGUCAUCUGUCAUCUACUAACUCAAGAAAAGUAAUUACUAAAAAUGGUUGCAAUUGGCAUAUUGGAAGAAAGGAUAACGGAAUUAGAAAAUCGAAUUUACGGAGCAGCCGCGCCAGCUAUUGAUGCAACACUUCCUGAAACUUCGAUUGUCGACAAUAUACUCCAUGCCAAUACUCUCAUUUCAUCAGCACUGUCCGGCCGUGAAAGAACAAAUGCUCUUGUCAAAAGACUACCGCAGUUAAAUGAGUUAUUGGAUACAUCUUAUGAAAACGAUGAUCUAAAUAUCGAAACGAAACUUGAAAUAAUUAUAGCUAUGGAAAGUGAGAUUAAGAAAAAUCUUGAAUUAUUCAAUAAAGUUCAAGAAUUAAUGCCAGCCCUAGAAAUAAAUAAAAUACAAAACGUUCCCGAAUUAACACCUAAAUUAGAGCAUCUAACUGUUAACUAUUUAAAUCUCUAUGAAGAAUCAAACCAAAUUAGCCAAUCUAUUCAUAAAGUUUUUUCUAAGUAUAACAAUAUUAUUGACACUAUUUCUAAAUCACUUAUUAGCUUAGAUGCAGCUAUUACUGCUGCCGAAAGAGCUGCAGCGCCUAAGAAACGUCAAGAUGAUUAAAAAAUCGGUGAUUUAAUUUAAAUCUAUUGCUAUGUUGCAAUAAAAUUGAUUAUUUAAAAGAACAAUGAAACUCCUGAAUUUAAUCUUCAUAAUUAGAAAAAUCGUUGUUCAUUCUUCAUGGAAAUAUAUAAUAUUAAAAAAAAUACAUG